GAGCAUCCAAUAUUUCUGGUAGACACAGCCGGUAUCUCCAUGAGAUUUUCUGACGACGUCCCUGGUGCCCAUGAGGUGGCAACGAACAUUGGGAACAUGCUUCAGGUCUGGGGUCUGCAGACAGCACAUUUCAUCGGACAUUCCUUCGGGGCGUUCGUGGUGGCCUGGGUCUUGCGCUACGCGAGCAGUUACGUCGCAAGGACCACCCUCAUUGACCCGGUGUGCUUCCUGUUGCUCAAGGUGUUGUCUCAAGGCCAUGAGCUUCAGCAGGUUCGGCACGACACAGGAAUGGAUCCGAUGGAGAUCGUCUUGAAGUACUUCGUGAUGACCGAGCUGUUCAUUUGCAAUUUUGUUUGCCGCUGCUUCUUUUGGGAAGAGUCGCACCUGGACAUGCAAGAUUUGGAAGGCACCUCUGCUCUCAUCGUUCUGGAGUCCGAAGAUCUCGUCGUCCCCACCUACUCAGUCAGGAGCCUUGUUCUGGCAGAGCAGCGGCGGAGGGCAAAGCUGGAGGAGCCGAAAAGAUCCCAG